AUGUCGAUUAUACGUCUUAAAAAAAAGGAUUUGAAAAAGGAACGAGAGGAACGAAAACUCCGGAAGAAAAAAUGGAAAGAAGAGCGGCUCAUAAGAGCCAUGGAAAAAAAGCUAAAGAAUGAACAAAUGCAGGAAGAAAAGCAAGAGAAUUCCCAGACUGAUGACAAAAGUGAAGAAAUAGUAAAUGAAGCAGGUUGCAAUUACACAGUCUCAAUUGCAUUACCUGGUUCAAUUUUGGACAAUGCUCAAUCCUAUGAACUGCGCACAUAUCUUGCUGGACAGAUUGCCCGAGCUGCAGUUGUAUUCAACAUUAAUGAAAUUAUUAUCUUUGAUGAAAAUGGAAAUGGUGAUAAUGCUGUUGAAGGAGAUUUUAAUGGUAUCAGAAAGAAAGGCGAAGCAAACAUCCAGUUGGGCCGAAUUUUACAGUAUCUAGAAUGUCCUCAGUAUCUUCGGAAGUUCCUCUUUCCUAAACAUCAGGAUCUUCAGUAUGCAGGUCUACUGAAUCCUCUUGACUGCCCACAUCACAUGCGAGCUGAUGAAGAGUCUCUGUAUCGAGAAGGUCUUGUGCUCAACAAGCCUAUCAAGGCUGGAAGGGGAAGCUUAGUCAAUGUUGGAUUGAAGAAGGAAGUUGAAGUUGAUAAAGUUGUUCCACAUGGUAUGAGAGUAACAGUGAAACUAAAGAACUUAGGAACGGAGAAAUUAAAAGGCAAAAUAGUUUCUUAUUCAACUCCUUGGAAAGAAGAUGGCAUUUACUGGGGUUACACUGUCCGUCUGGCCAGCUGCUUGAGUGCUGUGUUUGCCGAGUGUCCUUUUGAUGGAGAAUAUGAUGCAAUAAUUGGCACUUCUGAACGAGGAACAAACAUUGAUGAUUUUCAAAUGAAAAAAUUCAAGCAUGCUCUGGUUGUGUUUGGAGGUGUAAAAGGUCUUGAAGCCAGUCUUGAUGCUGAUGACAAUCUUCAGAUAGAUGAUCCCAAAUAUCUGUUUGCUCAUUAUCUCAAUACUUGUCCAAAUCAAGGCAGCCGUACAAUACGAACUGAGGAAGCAAUUUUAAUAACGAUGUCUGCUCUUAGACCCAAAAUUGAAGCAGCUCUCAAGUGA